GGUGAACGAAAAUCGGUGAAAAGAGACUUGUGAUUUUUUUUGGCACCACGUCGCGUGCGUUAAUAAUUUAUUUUAUAUAAACAGCGAUAAUAAUUGUCGAUAAUCAUCGAUUUAACGGGGUAAAGUAAAUUUGCAAUUAAUUGAAACAAUUGUUUAAGAGAAAAACAGAUACAGAGAUAGAAACGUAAGGCGAGGAAGUGAGUAGAGUUGAAUAAGAAGAAUAAGAAAAAAAAAGAACAAGAAGAAAAAACUUACUAGCAACAAAUAGUCGAGCAGACACGAUGCCAGUUGUGUAAACUUAAAAAGGUGCCGUGCGGUGCCGUUGAUAACUUGAUGGCCGAUUCGUCGGGAACAGUACACGUGAUAUUGAAGUUUCCAAUGCUACAACCCCCGUCCCCGCUUUUGGAGAUGGCAUCUCUUCGUCUGCCGGAUUCCGAGGAGUUUGACAUAGACACGCGACAUAGAACGAACGGAAACCAGGUGGUCCCGAGUACCACGACCUCGGCAACGACGAUUCCGGGUGCGAUACUGUCGACCACCCAGUGGACCACGCAUCCGGGUAACAACGACCUCUUCUCAAAGGUGAGAAGCGAGCUGAAGGAGUACGUCAGCAACUCUCUGGUAGACUUGGUCACAGCCCCGAGUCCUGGAGGUUCAACGAUGGAGGAAUCACCGAUUGGUUUCCUGAACGCGAGCGGUUCCACAAACCUCUCGAGUGAUCGACUUCCGGACCUCUUCUACAGACACAGCAUGGCCAUGACAGCGGUUUACUGUGUCGCCUACAUGCUUGUGUUCGUAAUUGGAUUAAUUGGUAACAGUUUUGUGAUUGCUGUGGUUUAUCGCUCACCGAGGAUGAGGACUGUGACCAACUUCUUCAUCGUAAACCUCGCGGUCGCCGAUAUACUCGUCAUCGUAUUCUGCCUACCGGCAACACUGAUGAGCAACAUCUUUGUCCCAUGGGUCCUGGGCUGGUGGAUGUGCAAAACCGUUCCUUACAUCCAAGGUGUUUCGGUUGCAGCUUCGGUCUACAGUCUCGUCGCUGUGUCGUUAGACAGGUUCCUGGCAAUUUGGUGGCCGCUAAAGUGUCAGAUAACGAAGCGAAGAGCUCGCAUGAUGAUCGUGGUAAUAUGGUUCAUCGGUCUGACGGCGACGCUUCCGUGGCUGCUGUUCUUCGACCUGGUCGUGAUAUUCAACUACGCACCAGACGUCCAAUUGUGCCUCGAAGUCUGGCCAGAGCCGUUGGACGGAUCGUUGUUCUUCCUGAUAGGUAACCUGAUGCUGUGCUACGUCCUGCCGAUGAUCCUGAUAUCCAUGUGCUACGUCCUGAUAUGGAUCAAGGUGUGGAAACGGCACAUACCGAACGACACGAAGGACGCCCAGAUGGAAAGGAUCCAGCAGAAGUCGAAGGUGAAGGUGGUCAAGAUGCUGGUCGUCGUGGUCAUCCUCUUCGUCCUCUCCUGGCUUCCGCUCUACAUAAUAUUCGCCCGAAUAAAGCUCGGCGGUCAGAUCGACGAAUGGGAAGAAGAAAUCCUCCAGAUAGCGACGCCCAUCGCCCAGUGGUUGGGCUCGAGCAACUCCUGCAUAAACCCGGUCCUCUACGCCUUCUUCAACAAGAAAUACCGGCGUGGUUUCAUGGCGAUCCUGAAGAGCGGUCGAUGCUGCGGAAAGCUUCGUUACUACGAGACCGUGGCGAUGAUCUCGUCGUCGACCAGCAUGCGGAAGUCUUCCUACUACGUGACCAACAACAACUCCUCGACGAGGAGAGCUGCGGCAGCUCACGGACCGCCGGUUCACCAGGACAGCAAUGUCUCCUACAUCUUCAACCACACCGGGGUUUAAAGGAUGCGAUAAGACAAGCCGGCGAGCUGACAGGAAGAAUGGAAAAUGAUUAACCGAAAAUUAAGGACGAGACGACGAUCCUGGCAUCGACGAUUCGCUGAAAUCGAACCGAUUUCCGCCCUCUCGAGUUUAUUGGCUUGAACGAACCCCGAGGAUGGACCCGGGGCUCAUUGGAAGGCUGGUCCGAAGAUUGUGCGCUUCGACCACAGUGUCGUGGUCGGUUGGUUUGUUCUCGGUCCAGAUAUUUUGACGAGCCGUUAUUCUCGGCUCCGAAACGAGUUCGACACGAAAAUUCUUACUCAGAUUUUCACAUCACGAUGAUGACAACAACAACGACAACAACAAAGUAAGGAUU